AUGGCUCCUCCCGCUUACGCUGCUAUUGACAAGCUCUGCAAUGAUUUGUUGCAACGUGACUUCCCCAUCGGAGCUACUCUUUUGAAUGUUCGUACCACCGCUCCUAAUGGUGUUGUAUUCAACGUCUCCGGUAAUCAAGAUGCCAAGGGCAUCAUCGCUGGCAAGUUGGAAACCAACUUCUCUGACAAGGCUAAUGGUUUGACCAUGUCUCAAGGCUGGACUACUGCCAACGUUUUGGAAUCUAAGAUCGGCCUUACCAACCAAUUUGCUCAAGGUCUUCAUGUCAAUGUCAACACCACUUUCAGCCCUGCUACUGCUGACAAGACUGCCAUUCUCAAUUUGGAACACGAGCAUCCUUUGAUCCACAGUCAUGCUGUCGUUAACGCUUUGGAACGUAAGUUCGUUGGUGAUUUCACCGUUGGUCAUGAAGGUUUCCUCGCUGGUGCUGAAUUUGGCUAUGAUGUUCAAAAGGGAAGUGUUUCCAAGUAUGCUGCUACUAUUGGCUACCAGGCUUCUCCCUUCUUAUUAGCUUUGAAGGCUUCCAACAACCUUAGCGCUUUCCGCGCUAGCUACUACCACCGUGUUAGUUCUCAAGCUGAGGCUGGUGGUAACGUUACUUGGGAUGCUGCUUCCACUGCUAAUGCUGUCACUUUGGAACUGGCUUCUAAGUACCAAUUGGACAAGGACACUUUUGUCAAGAGCAAGAUUAACAACGCUGGUAUCGCUACUAUGUCUUACUUCCAGAACAUUCGCCCCGGUGUUACCGUCGGUCUUGGUCUUCAACUUGAUACCCAACGCUUAGGUCAACCUGCUCACAAGGCCGGUCUUUCUCUUGCAUUUAAUGCUUAA